AGAAUAUUCUAUCGUAGCUACAUCAUGGAGAUGUUCGGUCGGUUGCAACGUCCUCUUGCUAUUUUAGUGUAUUUUUAGAAAUAUUGCAUAGAAAUAUUUUAUUACAAGCGCACGAUUAUCGUACUUUAACAGAAUAUUGACACUGAUUUGUGACCAAAAUGAGCCAAGGUUGUUGGAAAUUUAACGGAGAAAACAAAGCGUUGUACGUAGACCUUGAGGAUGAAGACACAGAAGAGGAUAAAAAAAAUAAAAUAUAUAGCCAUUGGGAUCAAACACCUGACAUACUUCUAGAAGAAAUUUUUACAUACCUAACUGUUCGUGAGCGUUAUUAUGCUUCUUUGGUGUGUAAAUCGUGGUAUCGUGCUUUUAAAUUCCAAAGGGUAUGGUCAAGAUUUAUAUUAGAAGAUACAACGCUUACUAGGGGUAAAUUCAAUUAUUAUAGCGGUUGGCAAUAUGUUUUGGAUCAUAUGAGAACAUCUGCAUGUUUGAAUAAAGUUGGAAUGCAUUUUCGAUCACUGGUUUUCGAGCCUAUGUUAAAUUUUUAUAAUCUUUAUGAAUUUAUGAAUAUGAUAUCUUGGUACACGGAGAAACAAGGAUCAGAUAAUACAUCAGUGGCAGGAGUUGGUACUUAUAUUAGGCAUCUUAAAUUUACAUUUCCUUGCAAUAUGGCAAACAGAGAUGAUCCUGACCGCAUUAGGCUCUUUGGUACUGGUGGAAAAUUGCUAGAAGCAUUGAAGAGACUCAUGCGUAAUUUGCAUAACAUGACAUGCUUAGAAUUGAUAGAUCUUAUGCUGGAUAGUAAAGAAGCUUUAAAUUUACUGGAUGAUAUUUGUGCAAAUUGUACACAAACAUUGUCAAAAUUAGUAUUAAUUAAUACCACAAUGUAUAAUUGCUCCCUUUUACAUGUUGGAGUAUUUAUUAAUCUAAAUGUGUUGGUUAUUAGUCCUCAAAAUCUUCAUGAAGAUGUAAUAGAAUUAAUUGGCUAUACUAAAUUGAAACAUCUUCAUAUUGUUCAAAAUCGCUACAGUCCAAAGGGUACUACAAUAAGAUUGCCUAAAAGAAUUUCUUGGGUAAAAAUGAAAGCAAAUAAUCCUUAUCUUAAAGUACAUUUUGAAGUGGAAAGUUACAAACCUACAGAUAUACUUUUGCCCAUUGAUCUAUUAGAGCAUGGUGCUAUUCCAUGCCAUAGUAUCGUUGUAGAUAAUCCGAAUACACAGAUUUCAUCUUCUACUAUUCUUACUCAUGGAACAUUUUUUGCAUCCACAAUGAAAGUAUAUGCAUUCAAAGGAUUGACAAGAUACUUCUUGCAUAGAAAUUUUGCACAAAGAUUGGAUGAAGCAUUAGUGCAAUUCUGCAGAAUGUGUCCAAAUCUUCAUACACUGUUCUUACGGUGUGAUGGCAUGCAUUCAAAUUCUUGUUGUACAAAAGGCUUUACUACCAUUCUUAUGAUCCGAGAUAAGAUAUCAACAGCUACGAUUUUAGAAAUCGUUUCGACCGCAAAGGCUUUACGCUGUUUAUACGUCCGACGAAAUGCAGUUUUAAAGAGAUGCGAUAGGGAUUGGUUAAAAAUAAUGAAUUGGUCGCCAGAGCAUUAUGAAUGGAUUAAAACAAAUAGUUGCAGCUAUGAGAGCACUGAAAGGGAAGUCUCUAAAAUAUUGAAAUACAGAUGGAACAUGUUAUCUGAGAAAGAAUUUAAAAAUCAAACAUUAAAGUUACAUUUAUAAUGUAUUCGCACAAUUCCAGAUUUGUCUGUCUUUAUCACAGAAAAUUUUGAUUACGAACAUUUUAUAUUGGUCAAUUUUCUUAAUAGCAUCAUAUAAACGAUCGAAAAAAAAGAAAUCAUAUUUUUACAAAGCACAUUUAAUUCAUGAGGAAUAUUUGAUAGU